UGCAGCUAAAAAAUGGCUGACCGAUUUUGAAAAAGGGGAAGGGGUUACGAUAAAAGGUGAAAAGACGUGGAAGAUGAAGUUUGUAAGAGAGAGGAAGGGUGCAGUAGUGUGCUGGUGGUGGUUAGAGAAAAAAAGAAAGGAAAUAUUCUUCCUCGCCUUUCAUGUUUUCCUUUUGGUGUUUUCUGCUCAUAAUAACAACAACUUGAACAAAAAAUUUCUUCUCUUUUCUUUUUUCUUCUCAUUUCUUUUUUCUAGCUUCAUCACCAUCCUCGCUAGCUAGCAGCUUCCUGUUUUUUCUUCUCUCUCUCCUUCUGCGUUUGUCUGUGCUUAUAAUGACUACUCACCUCAGGUUGUUCUUCAGCUUCGUCCUCUUCCUCCACCCUUACCUGAAACUCCUCACUCCUCAGAUUUGAUUAUUAUGGUGAAGAUUACUUUUCAUUAAAGAGAAAAGGACUGUUUCUUAGCUUUUUUUUGAUAAAAAAACACUCCUUUCCAGCCAUGUCUUCCCACCCAGGCUUUGUAUUCUAGCUCUUUCUCAAUAGCAGCAGCAGUAAAGCUUGAAAUAGCCUUUCUUUCUGAUCUUCCUGGGGAAAUGAUGUCUGGAGAUGUGUUUUCAAUCCCUUCUUGUCUCAAGCCCACUAUUCAUCCUCCUCCUCAAGAACCUAACCCUAACCCUAAGCCCAAUCCUCCCUCCAAGAAGAGAAGAAAUCUACCAGGUACACCAGAUCCAGAUGCUGAAGUUAUUGCACUAUCUCCGAAGACUCUAAUGGCGACAAACAGAUUUGUCUGCGAAAUCUGCAACAAGGGAUUCCAGAGAGACCAGAACCUGCAACUUCACCGGAGAGGGCACAACCUGCCAUGGAAGCUCAAGCAGAGGGCCAAAACGGAGCUGGUGAAGAGGAAGGUGUAUAUCUGCCCGGAGAAGAGCUGCGUCCACCACGACGCUUCCCGGGCUCUCGGCGACCUCACCGGAAUUAAGAAGCAUUUCAGCCGGAAGCACGGCGAGAAGAAAUGGAAGUGUGAGAAAUGCUCCAAGAAGUACGCCGUUCAGUCGGAUUGGAAGGCCCAUUCUAAGACCUGUGGCACCAGAGAGUAUAAAUGUGACUGUGGAACGCUUUUUUCCAGGAAAGAUAGCUUUAUUACCCACAGAGCUUUCUGCGAUGCUUUGGCUGAGGAGAGCGCACGGAUCACUUCCGUGGCUGCCACUACUUUGAGCUUCAGGAACAAUGAGGCUUUAUUGAGUCAACAUCAUCAGAGUAAUUUGCCUCACGGGUUUUCUUCCGGUGCCGGAAUUCCCCAGAUUCCGGCCGGGUUCCAGCCGGAUUUCCAGCAGAAGCCGAGGUUGUCUCUGUGGCUAGACCAGGCGGGGGCGAAUAACACCACCACCAACAAUAGUAAUCACCCACACCACCACCACCUCAGCAGCCCAAUUCAUCAAAUGCAAGCUGCGAAUUCGGGCAAUCUGUUCGGGUCAAAUAGCUCCACCGGGCUGCCCGAUAUGUUGCACGGACACAUUGAUGGUUCGCCCCUCAUCUAUGGCCAGUCCUCGCCUUCGAUUGAGAAUUUCGCAACGGGGAGCCUCUCUUUGUCUACUCUCCCGGCGCAUGAUAAUGAGGCGGCAGCGGCAGCGGCAGCGGUAGCGGAAGGAGGAAUGAUGAUUCUAAAUAAGGUUUCGGCCACAUCGUCGUCCAUGGCCGAAACCUUGAACUCGAUGUACACCCAUGAGAACCACCACUCAUUGGCCCCGAUGUCAGCCACCGCUCUCCUACUGAAAGCGGCGCAGAUCGGGUCCACGAAGAGCAACCCGACAUUGUACGGAAACGGAUUCGGGCUCAUGAAUUCGUCAUCGUCAUCCUCAAACAACUUGCGGGGUUUCGCCAAGGACUCGCACAACAACAACUUCAACAGCCCCGGCAAUGACAGCGGAGGUGUAGAGCAUUCGGCAUAUUUCGGGCAAAGCCACCGCGGGGUGUCGAUGAGCGGGGUCAAUUCGAGUCAUUUAACGAGAGAUUUUUUGGGGAUGGGAAACGAAGGCGGGCGGCCAUUUUUCGCUGAGGAGCUAGUGAAGUUCGCAUCCUCCAUGGGUUCAGCAGGUGGCAUGGGGUUGAGCCAUUUUGGCAGCGAUGAUGAUGAUCACCACCAUUAAUUCUUAUGGAGAUGUACCAGUUCAGGUCAUAGCUCUUGAGUACGUAUGUGUAGGCAUCACAACUUUGCUAAGGCAGCUUUUCUCAUCAUAUUCAAUUCUUGCUUUUGGGUUUCAUAAAAAAUCUGAUCUGAUCUUGUAUGUAAUUAAAAUUGCGAUUUUUUGUUUACGUUUCAAGACUACUGUUUUUUAGAAUAAAUUUGGUAGAGACGUAAAUUACUAAAAACAGUACUUCAUCGGUACAACAAGCUAAAACAAUUUGUGAUUUUUAUUUUUAUUUGCUGUACCCAAAUAUCGAUCUACUAUAUUCACCUUUCAUAUAU